GACGGACGUGCGUUCGACAGCUCCGCUGUAUCAGCGCUAGUUCAGCAAAGUCGUGUCAAUCCCCCGGGUGAACAUGUCCCAGCGUGCUCGGUUCUGCCAGCGCCGCGAAGCCCUGCAGAAACUUCAGCAUCGGGCUAGGCGGCUGCCGGAUGACAUCGUGUCCAAGCCCAGAUCUGUUGUGCAAAGAGAUGACGAACUCCAGAUCAAGGUGCUGGCCCAGUUGUUCAUCGCGCAGGUGAGAACCCCGCCGCGCCCCUCCGGGUACUGCGCCAGGUCCUCACCUGUUGAGGACUCGCCGUCACCCGACCCCGAGUCCCGUGUUCCCGACAUCAGCUGUGACUCCGACCGUGACCGUGAUGGAUCUACCCCAGGUAAGUAUGACGUUCUGCAAGCAGAGGAGUCCGACAGCGAUAGCGAGACCGACAGCGGCAGUGAGUGCGACAGCGGCAGUGAGUCCGACAGCGGGGAGGAGGACGACACCUGCCGUAGUCGGUUGGACACCAUCUGCGAGGAGGAGAAGGAGGAGGCCAUCUGCGGGGAGGAGGAGGACACCAUCUGCGAGGAGGAGGAGGACGCCAUCUGCGGGGAGGAGGAGGAGGAGGAGGACGCCAACUGCGGGGAGAAGGACGCCGACUGCGAGAAGGAGGAAGACGCCAUCUGCGGGGAGGAGGAGGACUGCGAGGAGGAGGAGGACGCCAUCUGCGGGGAGAAGGACGCCAUCUGCGAGGAGGAGGACGCCAACUGCGGGGAGGAGAAGGACGCCAACUGCGGGGAGGAGAAGGACGCCAACUGCGGGGAGGAGGAGGACGCCAUCUGCGGGGAGGAGGACGCCAACUGCGGGGAGGAAGACGCCAGCUUCGACGACGUGGACCUGGAAAGUCUCUCUUCAAAUCAAUCAGAAUACAUCAGAGGUAAGGACAACAGUUUUCUCCUCAUUUCUCCCCUAUUCACCCCUCACUGUUACAGACUUGACUUCAAACUGAUGGACGUACCUUCAGUACCACGGAUAUAACGUUACCUACUGUGUAGCGCAACCGACAAUUUUCAGAUGACCUGGACAGAUAUUUAUCAGCCUGAACAUGCUCUAAUUCUCACAUAUCCAGUGCUCUGGUGUGUGUAUUUACAACUGUUAGAUUAUUAGACAACAGAGACCUUAUUGAUGCAUAGAUUAUACUUUGUGAUGAUACGGAAUGUCAAUAUUUCUGUACAACUUGUAGGAAAGAAGAGAGGCACCAGCAGGAAGACGAAGUGGUGGAGGAAGCUCUGCUGCUGGCUCAGACAAGAGGACACAGAUGACGAGCUGG